AUCUGUCAAAAAAUUUAUCUCGCAAAUACCUUUUUUAUUUAUUUACUUUUUGUUUUAUCUUGAUUGUUGUUAAUCCACCUACUUUUAUGUUUAUUUAAUUUUUCAAAAUUUUAAUGGACUUAAACGGUGUAGAUUCACUUGUUGCAGCAGCAUUUGGAGCAUUGGGUGUUAUAUUUAUUGGAGCAUUUGUUGGCUUGAUUGUAAUUUGUCGGAAGCAACAUCAAAGAAAAAGAUGGAGUCGUUUGGAUAACAGGUCAGUUAAAAAGAAUAAAAACGAACAUGAAUUGGCAAUGGCACUGGGCGAUAUUGGUCUGAAUAAUGCACUUGAGCAGAUUAUUAGUGACCAACAGUGGGUAGAUGAUGCUUCUGGGUUGAUUCCUCACUGUUUGGUGAUUCUUCGGACUUGCCAUGGAUUGACUGAGAGAUUAGCUACUCUUGCCAUGGGUCCGAGUGUUAAGCGAUUCAGUAAUCGACUUACAGAUGCUGCUAAAAGGAUUCCAUCAAGAGUUGAUGAUGUUGUACAAGCAAUGUAUCCACCACUCGAUGCUCGUUUACUCGAAGCUCGAGUAGCAGCUUUAGUUUUAGCAGUCGGUCAAUUAGCACUUUUAACACAAUCAGCAGUUGGAUCCCAUGUUGAAUGGAUCGAUGAGAGUCUUGAGGAGAUGGAUAAGCAUUUAUUACUCUUGAGAAAUGUUUCUCAAGAAAAAGAAAAUAGACCUGAAAUGAGUGCAUUUGUAUAAAUUCCAUUAUGUCCCUAGGUAUUAUUUUAACACAAAAGUUGGCGAACAAAGACAAUACAAAACAUGACAAUCUGUUACAAUAUACAUUUCUAUAACAACUUUAAAAAUUUUAGACGAAUAUUUACAAAAACAAAAAAUAUAUUGUGUUAUUUUAAUAAAUAAAGCACAAACAAAUUAGUUAAUAUACAAUAUUAUAAAUUUAAAAAAAUAACGAGUGCAAGAAUACUCUUUUUAAAACUAAUAAUGCAGAAGCGAUGGGAAAAAGAACACUACAGCAAGUUCAACAGAACAAAAAUACACAAAAAAAUUCGAGCCGAAUGAGGAGAGU